AUGUUUAAUCAAUUGUUCAUCUUCUUCCUCGGUAUUAUCGUUGUGAGUGCCUCACAUAACGUUAAUUUCUUUAGACGAGACUACAAAUUUUUAGAAGAAUAUAACGCAUUUUACAAAUUGCACUGGGCUGAUGAUGUGGGUACGUGGGACGAAGCAUUUUUAGCAUGCAACGAUGAAGGAGCCAGCUUGUUUUAUCCCGAAGAUGUCGAUGAAUGGCAAGUUCCGAGAAACUUAUCCGAUUCGCCCGACUUGGAAGGAAUCUUUGUUGGUGUACAUGACGAAUUAGGACGCGGAGAUUUACUCUCUUUUGACGGACAUUUUCUUCCAGAAUUUUCCGAAUUACACGUUAAUAAUCAAGAUGACUCCGAACCUAAAUGCGUAGUUAUGUCGGUUAACACGGGCAGGUACAACAUCGGUUCGUGUAAAAAUAGAAGACCGUUUAUUUGCAAGAAAAAAAAUAAUGAAUAUUGUCCUACUAUUGAUUCAGGGUACAUAUACUCAAAAACUACAAAGAAAUGCCACAAAGUCCACAAAAGAGAAACAACUUGGGUAGACGCCAUGCACACAUGUUACAUGGAAGGUGGCAUAUUGUCAACUGCCAUACACAUCUCGGAAAUAAAUGAUAUAUUGAACAUGCUUACAGAAGGGCAACAAUUCUUCAUGGGAUUUAGAAGGAUCAUGCCACAUAACGACUUAUAUUCCGUUCGAGGUGAAAAAAUUGAUAUUUUCGCAAGAAAUGAAGAAAACUGCGGUGUAGUGGCGGUAAACGGACGUAACGACGAUUGUUACAAUUGUAACCAAAAUAACCACAACGUUAAAUAUUCUACACAUGACUGCAAUAGCACCUUGCCAUUUAUUUGUGAACUUGAAGUAAAAUUGUAA